AUGGAGCUAGAGCGGCAGGUCUGGGAGUCCGCGCAGAAGCCCAAGGGCAAUCGAAAUCUCGACGAUGAGAUCAGGCUUAUGGCCGGGAGCAUGCUGACGUACAGCACGCUUAUGUCGGCGAAUGAAGGAACAGAGACGCAGGCCAUGAAGAUCGUGGCGAGACGCCAGCAAGAGAAGUUGAGGGGCUGCUUAAUGCUGCCGUUGGCCUUCGUGUACUUUGUCUUGUUUUGUACGUCUAUCAUGCUGCACGAGGACAUCUCGGAUGUGUACAUGAUCGAGUCGCAGCUUCGCGGGCAGAUGGACGACAUCUUCGGUGAAGUGGAGGACAUGGACUCCCUGUGGGAUGCCAUCCAGGGUCCUUUCUCCGAGAUGCUCUUCAAACAGACCGACAUGUACGGCCGCACGCUCUCAAAGAACACGACGAAUGACAAAUGGGGCGACUGGGGCCGGGUGCUUCGCUACAACCAAAUCCAAGGCGCGCUGCGAUUUCAGCAGACGAGAAACGUGUCUUCAACCUAUGGCAAAGCCUUUCAGUGCAACAGCGAGAUUUCCUGUUUCCUGUGCCGCUCCAACCGCGGCUUUCAGCCUGCAUACCUCAACCAGCAGGGUAGCAAUGGCUUCGUUGUGGACUGCGGCAACUGGACUUCAACUCGAAGGCUUGAGCAGGAGCAGGGCAUGGAGCAGGCACUGUUACCAGGCCGAGAACUCUCGCAGCUUCAGCCGUCGAUGCUGACUUCGCUACCAGACGAAAAGACAGACGAAAUGCACGUCUUCAGGUUCUACUUGUAUCCAUCCGAGUCCGCGUCACGGACAGCAGAGCGCUUGCAAUACUUCCGCAAUCGUGUGUGGAUGGACAAGGAUUCCGAGGUCUUGCAGAUCCGGCUGUACCUGCUGAAUGCAGAGCUGGGCCAACCAAACAUGGAGCAGGUGACCCUGACAUUCUUCAUGAGUAUCGGUGGCAGCAUUUACUACGAGCGCGACUUCCAAGCCGUCUUCUUCGAAGUCUUUCCGAACAUGAGUUCCAUGGUCGCAGAUGGCCUCUUCUUCUGCGUUCUCGUCUUCACUGGCGCAUUGCAGAUGGUCGUUCUCUGGCGGGCUGCUCGAGAGCGGAAGCUGGUGCAGCACUUCAUGGACAUCAGGUCUAUCUUAGAGUUUGUUGUGAUCAUCGUUGGCAUAUACUUCUGUUACCAGUUCUACGCUGUCUUCCAGACCAAGGAGCGGACGACGGACAUUGUCAAUGAGAUUCGUGCCAAGGGCUGGGACGUGAGUGAUGACGACCAAUCCGUGAUUGAGCGGAUGUUUCAUAUUGGUGAAGUUGCAGCAGAAGACAUCCUCAGCCUUCGCUUACUAGCCGCCAACUACACACUGAUCCUCACAUUCCGCUUCUUCGCCAACUUCCGGGCGCAGCCGCAGCUUGCCAUCAUCACGAAAACUUUGGGUGCGCUGAUCGUGGAGAUCAUUCACUUCAUUGUUGUCUUUAUUCCGGCCUUCUUGAUCUAUGUGACGAGUGCGACCCUGCUGUUCGGGCGCAAGAUCGAGGAUGUGUGCACCUUCGAGGGCUCACUCGGCUACAUCUUCCGAAUGGCGCAGGAGGGUGAGUUCGACUGGGAGAGCAUGCAGGAAGAGAACUACUGGUCUUCCGCCAUCUGGGUGUGGUCCUUUGUGGUUUUUGUGAACAUGCUGCUGAUCAACUUGCUGAUCGCCAUCAUCUUGGACACCUACAAGGAAGUGCAGCGGAACCAAGACUCCAAGGAGGCUGUCUGGAACACCCUCUACCAGUUCUGGAAUCGUCUCAUCUCAUUGAGGAGUUGGGUCAGCGAGCAGGCCAUCGUGAGGAAGUGCAGCGAGCCCUUCCAUCCCGACCUCUUGGAUGCGGACUACAUGAAGGAGUCGUUUCCCAACAUGCCGGAAUACCAGCUCGGCUUGCUCUUCUCGGAUACGACGAAGCAGAUGGAGAUCCAGUCCGAUAAAGACAUCAACACGGAGAAGCUGGUGAAGAUGGCCGGCUCCCUGAUGCAGUCUGUAGGGGGAGUGAACAACUCCCUGAAGACGAUCAUGGAAGAGGAGUCCAAGGACUCACUGCAGAGUUGGGUCGUCGGCAAGCCAGUUUCAAGCGACGGCGGCUCUGCUUUCCCUGUCCAGCACAAGGGGAACAGGCCACCUAGGAUCUUCGAUCCUACCAUCGUGGAGGAGGAGGUCCCGGAGUUCGAGGACGAAUUCGGUCUCGAGCCGUCGCCGGUCGUCGAGGAGCCCACCGAAGCCCCGCAGGGUGAGGGCCAAGAAGAAGAUGCAGCUGGAAAACCGGUUGAAGAUGAGUGGAAACCCGUAUGGUUGCGUGAAGUCGAUGCCAUGCUCAAGGCCUUCCUAAGCCGGGCGCUGCAAAGCGACAUUUCUGUGACCUCUGAACUCUCUGCAAAGCUCAAAAACCAUGCAGCGACUUCGGAGAGGUUGCGUAGGACUCAUGAACACUUCUAUGUUCUUGCGAAAUGCCUAGACGGGCCCAGAGUCAGAUGA